AUGCUUGUUGACAAAAUGGGCAAAGAAGCGGUGCAGCUGGGCCACCUGGACGCUGGAAUUACGGGAGUUGAAGAGAAUACACUUGUUGCCUCCUUCUGCGAUCUUUUGGAGAGGAUAUGGGCUCACGGGCUUGUAAAAAAACAGGGCAAAUCAUCUCUUUGGAGCUACGUUCUACAGCAUCAGGAUUUAGAAAAGACAGGUCUGUCAACGCGAACAAUGUCUUCUUCUAUGCUUACUCCAGGUAUAGUAUUCGUUUUUGAUUUCAAUCUCUAA